UGAGUUUGGUGAAGUGUUUCUCUGCUCUCUCUCUUGCAAUUUCCUCUUCCUUUCCUUUCCUCUUUCUUACUUCUCUUCCUCAACAUUCGUUUAUCAUCAUAAAAACCACAACUUUUGAUUACAAAACAGAGAAACCAAUAAAAAAGAUAUGGCUUCUGAUUCAUGGGUUUCUCGCUUCGCAACUUCUUCAAGAAGAUAUCAGACUCGAUCUGAUCUGCAUGAAGAGACUGAAGCAGAAGAGGAUUUGAAAGCUGAGUAUUUGUGUCCGUUUUGUGCUGAGGAUUUUGAUGUUGUUGGUCUCUUUUGCCACAUCGAUGAAGACCAUCCUGUUGAAGCCAAAAAUGGGGUGUGUCCAGUUUGUGCUAAAAGGGUGGGGAUGGACAUUGUUAGUCACAUUACUGGGCAGCAUGGGAACUUCUUUAAGGUUCAGCGUAAGAGAAGAUUGCGAAAGGGGGGAGCUAACUCAGCAUUUUCUAUAUUGAGAAAAGAACUGCGAGAAGGAAGCUUACAAUCCCUUCUUGGUGGAUCUUCAUGCUUUGUUUCUUCCUCCAAUACAGAGCCUGAUCCAUUGCUUUCACCUUUCAUAUUUAAUCCACCUGGUUUUGAUGAAGCGCUGAAUUCAAAACCUCUUUCUUCUGUUGAAGCAAGCUCAGUGAAGGGGAGUACCACUGAGGAGUUUCUACAAAGGGAAGUCCAACAGCCACAUCUAUCAGACAAGGACCAAGAGGAGAAAUCCCGGAAAUCAGAGUUUGUCCAAGGACUGUUGCUUUCAACCAUUCUUGAUGAUGAGUUAUGAGUGUGGGCGGUAAUUGUGAUGGAUUGUUAAUAUAAUGUUAGGAGUACGAGCAAAGUGAAGAGGAAAGCUGUUCAAUUUGUGACACAUGUUUGUAUUAGAUAGGUCCCAUGAACUAUUAUGUGCAACUAUUUGUAUUUACAGCUCAUGUGCAUAAUGGAAAAAAUAAAGUUAUAAGCCUACCUCUAUA